CUCUCCAUUCUUAUUUACUGCAGAUUUGUCCACCCGGUCUCUUUCAGAUUCAGACUCCAGUCUCCCCACACUAGUUACGAUCAAGCAACACAGGUUCUCACCUGGAAAGAAGAUACCAGCCUCAACAUUUGCUAAAAUGGAUAUGUCUGCCACUCGAUGUUUGAUUCAAGAGCUUGUUGGAAUGUCCUCGAGCAACCUUUGCAUUUCGAACGGUCAAGCUGACAUAACUGAUCCAAAAGACUUGAUUAACGGUGGAACAUUCUACAUAUACCACAAGGACAAACCUUUUGGUCCAGGUGCAGUAGAGAAUAUACUAAAGAGUUUGGAUCCCAUUGCCAAGGAUUUGAAGUCAAGAAAAUUUUCUCCUUUUUUUCCAUAUUCAUUGAGUAUGCCUAUACCUAUGCUAGGUGAUAAACCUUCACUGCUUUUACAUGAUCUCCCUGAAUGUGGCAAAGAUGGCUGGACCAAAGCCCAAGAAUUAUUAUCAGAUAACUAUGAUGCUGUGUUGACCACAAUACUUGGUGUUAGUGGUUCUGGGAAAACACGUCUUUGCUUUGAAACCCUUUGCCAAAAAUAUGGCUUCUACAUAGUGGCUGCACCCAGUACCUACCUUGGCUCCAGGGACUUACAGAUUAUAACAAAUGACCUUGAAACAAUGACUCGACAUUAUGAGAACCUCAAGCACAACCAAGAAGCCAGUAUCAUGGCCAGGCAUGCUACUGAAUGCAUUUUGCUUGCUCGGUUACUCAUACUCCAUCGACUGUUAUCAAAUUGUACUAUGACUCCAAAGGAAUGGCUCUUGUUCCAGCUCAAGCCAAAAACAAAUUAUACUGACGAUGUAUUCAGGGAACUCUCUUGGACUUUAUGGCAAUCCACAUACCAUAAUGAGGUCCUUGGUAACCUUACCAAUAUCAAGAAUAAAAUUCUUCCUGAAUGUCGCAACUUGACAAGUCAAAAUCGUUUCAUUGUUAUCCUUGAUGAAGCCCAAAUCCUUUCAAAUAAGAUGAAAGAUUUCUUUUUACGAGAGAGCGAACCACAGUCAAAAAUAUACCGGUCUCUUCUUUCUCCUGUGACAGCUGCUUUGGUUGAUGCUGCCUCAUGUCGUCUCUUUGUGUGUGGAUCAGCUCUCUCUAUUCUACAUUCUGAGGAACUGCUUCAAUCUGCAAUUGGCAAGUGUGAGAAGAGCAUACAAUUUACAAACCUGGGUGUCAUUGAUAAUGAAACAUUCUUUAUCAAGCAUGUCCUUGACUUUACCAGAAACCAACCUGCAAUUCAAGCCAGUGAUCUCAAGACUUCAUUUAAGUGGCUCCGUGGCCGACAUCGAUUUACUGCCACCUUUAUUGAGGAUUUAAUCUCAGGGACUAGUAUUGAUUCUGCUCUCGAAAAAGCACAAAACCGGUUCCUAAGUGAUGUUGAAGAAAGCUCAUUCAUUGGUAAACUCACUUCACUUCAAAGCUACCAACCUCAAGUCCUGCAAGUCUUUAAAGAGGCAAGUGCUUCCACACUCCUUGUAGGCGAAGCCAUUAUUAUGAAGGACAAGAAAGAUCUGGAACUUAUGACACAUGGACUUGCAAUGAUGGAAGAGGAAGGUGAUGUGCUGAGGGUUCGAGUUUAUGAACCACUUGUCUUAGAAGCUGCUAAGAAAUUUUUUGAGCUGGCCAACCUUGAAUCUGUUUAUCGCACCCGCAUGGGCAUUCUUGUAUCAGAUCAGAGUGGUAGUGGCACCACAUGGGAGAAACUUGUACCAUGGCACCUCUGGAAAGUACUUUUCAAUGGUCAAAUUAGAGUGGAAAAUCACCUACUCUUCAAAAACCUGAAUAUCCCCAAUUUCAAGGGCCCUGUAUCUUUACACUUACCUGCUGACAAAGACAACUUACCUGGUGCAACCUAUGGCCAAGUUUCAACUCCGAAAUUCACUCUCAGUCACUACCUUGACCAAGUCCUUUUGCCAACUUUGACCAAUCCUCGUGCUAAAUUCUUUUUCCCUGAGAAUGACUCUGGGCCUGAUGCUGUCUUACCACUCUAUGUUCCUGAGUGUCCCCCUGGAGAGCAGAUAUGGUUAUGUUUAUUGCAAACAAAACUGCAUCAUAAAGUAUCAAUGGGUGAUGCAAUUGCAACCACAGACCCCAAACAUCUAUAUAAUAAGGAUGGUAGAAUCACAGAACAUUUGAAUGUCACCACAAAGCUGAAAAAGUUUGGCAAGCGCAUCAUUCGAAUGGUGGUCACAUAUCCAUAUGUAUCUGUGCAACACAAGAGCCGAGGGCCUGUUGAAAACAUUCACAACAUCCGAUCUGAAAGAUAUGAACAUGCCCUUGUUAUUAUUGACAAAAAUAAUGCAGCAAGUGUGUUUGAAGACAAUCACUUGGAGUUCCUCAAUGCCAUCAAAUACAAAGGCUGA